AUGGGUGUCCCAUCCUUUUUCAGAUGGCUUUCGAGGAAAUAUCCCAAAAUUAUAUCGCCAGUUCUUGAAGAACAGCCGCAAGUAGUGGACGGUGUGACAUUACCUAUUGAUUAUGCAGCUCCGAAUCCUAAUGGUGAGCUGGAUAAUUUAUACCUGGAUAUGAAUGGUAUUGUACAUCCAUGUUCGCACCCGGAAAAUAAACCUCCACCAGAAACUGAAGAUGAGAUGUUACUCGCGGUGUUCGAGUAUACCAAUCGUGUCCUUAAUAUGGCUAGACCCAGAAAAGUACUUAUGAUAGCCGUGGAUGGUGUGGCUCCUCGUGCCAAGAUGAACCAACAAAGAUCUCGUAGAUUCAGAAGUGCCAGAGACGCACAAGUGGAAAAUGAGGCCCGGGAACAGGUAAUGAGGGAACGUGAACAGGUUGGAGAAUUUAUUGACGACUCAGUAAAAAACAAGAAAACUUGGGAUUCUAAUGCUAUCACUCCAGGGACUCCUUUUAUGGACAAAUUGGCAGCUGCGUUACGGUAUUGGAUCUCAUUCAAAUUAUCGACGGAUCCUGGUUGGAAAAAUUUACAGGUUAUUAUAAGUGAUGCUACAGUCCCUGGUGAAGGUGAACAUAAGAUCAUGAAUUUUGUUCGGUCACAACGUGCUGAUCCACAAUACAAUCCAAACACAACGCAUUGUAUAUACGGUUUAGACGCUGAUUUGAUCUUUUUAGGUUUAGCAACUCAUGAACCACAUUUCAAGAUUCUGAGAGAAGAUGUUUUUGCUCAAAACAACCGUAAGAGGCAUAAUUUCACGGAUUCCUUGAACAUGACAGAAGAAGAAAAACAAUUGAUCGCUAAACAGGAUUCUGAGAAGCCGUUUUUAUGGUUACACAUAAGUGUCUUGAGAGAAUACCUUGCGGCUGAACUAUGGGUGCCGAAGCUUUCUAUGCCUUUCAAUUUGGAGCGUGCCAUUGACGAUUGGGUUUUCAUGUGUUUCUUCUGUGGUAAUGAUUUCUUACCUCAUUUACCUAGUCUAGACGUCAGAGAAAACAGUAUUGACAUUUUACUGGAUAUAUGGAAGGUAGUUUUGCCUAGUCUCAAAUCUUACAUGACUUGUGACGGGGAACUGAAUCUACAGUCCGUGGAGAUGUUGUUAGGACAAUUAGGUGCUCGUGAAGGUGAUAUCUUCAAGACGAGGCACAUCCAAGAGGUCAGAAAACAGGAAGCUAUUCAGAGGAGAAAAUUGCAAAGGAAUGUUUCCAAAGGUCAGGAUAGGCAUCCAACUGUCCCCAGCGAACAGUUGCAACUGUAUGAUACUAAUGGUCAGCUAGCAGCGGGCUCUUGGAACCUUACAACCCAUGAUAUGGUCAACUUUAAAAAGGAAAUUAUGCUCGCAAAUGAGGGAGAUCCCGAGGCGAUAGCCAUAGUCAAGGCACACAGGGAUAGGAAUGACAAAUUGAUGGAAGAGAUUAGCACUCAAGAUAUGGAGAAAGUUGUUAACGACGCAAAUAAAGCUAAUUACUCGGUGGCUGAUGCGAUGAAGAAGAAAUUGAUGGCGAAAAAGCGUAAACUAGAGCAAGAAGAAGAAGCUGAACGUGCUGCCAAGAAGAAUACUUCUAAAAAAAUGGACGGGCAAGCGCAAGCUGGACAAGAAUUAGACAAGGAAAUAAAAGCAGAGGUUAUACAGGAGGUUGAAGAAGAGGAUGAUAAUGACGACGAUGACGGUGGCAAUGACGUAGAGGGGAAAGCCGUGAAAGGAGAAGAGUCGGUUCCAAUAGUUUCCUCGGGUGGAAUCCGCAGCGGAGUGUUUGACAGCGAUGUUGAAGUGAAACUCUAUGAGCCAGGUUAUAGAGAGAGGUAUUAUGUGGCCAAAUUUAACAUCAAGGAGAGUGAGAUAGAAGCUUUGCGGAAAGAUUUGGUAAGGCGUUAUGUUGAGGGUGUUUCAUGGGUCUUGGCAUACUAUUAUCAAGGCUGUGCUUCAUGGGAUUGGUACUACCCAUAUCAUUAUGCACCAUUUGCUUCUGAUUUCUUCGGAAUAGCUGACAUGAAGGUCGAAUUUGAGGAGGGUGAACCUAUUUUACCCUAUGAGCAAUUGAUGAGUGUUUUGCCUGCGGCUUCUGCUCACACUCUACCUUCAAUUUUCAAGCCGUUGAUGAGUGAGCCAGAUUCGGAGAUUAUUGACUUCUACCCAACCGAAUUUCCGAUCGAUAUGAAUGGUAAAAAGAUGUCGUGGCAGGGGAUAGCUUUACUGCCGUUUAUAGAGGCUAAACGGCUGUUAAGAGUUGUCAGAAAUCAGUAUUCUCGCCUGACCGAGUAUGAAAGGUCAAGAAAUGUUUGCAAGGAACCCGUCUUGUUAAUCAGCAACAAGAACGUUAACUAUGAGAAGUUCGCUAAAAGGCUAUUCAAGGAACCGGCUGACGGCGUAGACUUGAAGUUUCAACAUUUCAAAAGUGGCUUAAGUGGUAUUGUUUCUACUGAUGUAGAAAACUUCCAAUUGAACAGCAAAGUUCAAUGUCCUUUAGAGAGCGGGUCAUUACCUGAACUUUCUACAAAUCUAUUCCUUAAGAUGGCAUAUAAACUGUUGCCUCUGCCCAACAAGAAUAAAUCUGUUAUUCUCAACGGCUUCAUUCCUCCCGAGGCACUUUUGACACCGUAUGACUUGGAUGCCAUCUUAUACAAGUACAAUAAUCAUCAAAACAACAAUCGCUCAGGGCCCUGGAAUUUUGAAAAUGAUAUGAGACAAAAUAAAGUACCUGUGGGGCCCAGCGGUACGACUCAGUACAAGCCAAGGGUAGGCGGUUUUAGAUCGUUUUUUUACUUCAGUCAGAUGAAUAAUACCACGAACUAUAAUGGUCAAUAUAACAACAAUGUGCCUCAACCAAGAGUUAACAACGGAAUGCAAAGUAGAUAUUCCAAUGAGAACAGAAAUGGCAAUUAUCAACGAAGUCAGUAUAACCCGAACCAAAGCCGAUAUAACAAUGACAAUAACAAAAUGGGACGUAAUUUUAAUCAACAAGGAAGACAAUACGGUGGGAACAAUGCUGGAAGAAGGUAUCAGGGUUCGAAUCGAGAACCUUAUAACGCGGCAAAUUAUUCACGCAGAUAA